AAAUGGUAUAACAAUUGUGAAGCCUCUUCGUCGCUGGUUGGUGUUCAACAACACUAAGCAGCGUGAAACAAGAAGUCUUUCUGACCUAUAGGUAUUGUUUGCCCACGGGAAAGACGCUGCAGGAGCGUUCUGGAGAGCACCCACUUUCUUUGAAUCAUCCAGUGGCGUUUUGUUCGUCGUCCUCAAAUCAUGGGAGAGGAGAGCAAAGCCCAAUCAUCAUUUCCACCACCACCAGUAGCAUACUACAGCUCGUACACGGACGAUGCCGUGGCGAAUGGGACUGCGCCGAAACCUCCGGCGAUUCCGAGUGGCUCCUACUCGUGUUUCGGUGCUCCGCUGGAAGUGGAUGAGGAGAUCCUACGACCAUUGUCCAGCCAGGGUAUUCAGCAGUUGUACUCAAGCAGCAAUACUGAUCGUAUCAGUGAAAUGCGCAAGCUCAACAUGUCCAUCGUGAUGAGUUUCCUGGACUUGCUGGCAAUUCUGAUCCAGGCUCCCAGUAGUCCAAAGAGGGAGGAGAAGGUCAACGAUAUCAGCUUGCUGUUCAUCAAUCUUCAUCACCUGAUAAAUGAAUACAGACCACAUCAGGCCCGUGAAACACUCCGGGUAAUGAUGGAUAGACAGCGGACACAGCGCCAGUCAGCCAUCACGGAAAUGCAAGGACACCUGGACAAGGUACGCACCGUUCUGGCUCGCUGCCGCCCGAUCAUCUCUGGUCUUCGUGAGCAAGGAGAAGGAGGGAAGGAGGGUGCCAGUGCAGCACAUGGUACUAGUGGCUCUGGCAUGACUUCAUCUCUCACUGGUCAGGAGUCGACAUCACGAAAAACGGUCGGAGAAGAAGCAAUGGACACUGGUGGUGAUACAGGGUCUGGCGUAUCUUUAGAGCCGAAGGGAAAGCGCCCUUGCUUGAUCAGCACCGGCAGCAAUGCCACUGACCAAGACCAGCCACCCACACCGUGUCAGGAGAGGAUGCGGCGACUGUGUGAUCUAGCUGAGCAGGCUGUGGUGUAGGUAAACCCGGUGUUGGGUUUGCGCUGUGCUGCCUGCCGCCAUCAUCAUCAUCGUCGUCACCACCGCACGUACUCCAUCCGUGGGGCAAGCGCUGAUGUCCGGCUGGCACGUGUGUGCACGUGCGUUUUGCGUGGCCUGGUGUUGAUUUUGUGUGGUUUUUCAGGACUUUGAGGUUUUGGUUGAUGAUACCGUGGUAUCAUGUACAAGCUACAGGUGCUUACCAGCUAUCUACUGUUCUGUGGAGCUGGCAAUUCUGAGUUGCUGUCGGCACAUUGACCCCCCUCCCCUGUGUGAUACAGGGCAGUGAUCUACUCGGAUUCAGACUACUACCGUUUCAUCUUUUCUGUGGCAGCGGCCGUGCUGUGGAGGCGGCCAGUUGGUGCCUGCGUGCAUCGUAGCGUUUGUUCGUAGUGUGGACGUUCACUGCCUCUCUUUCGAUUGGAGGCUGGGGCAAAGUGCGCUCACUGCCUUGCUGGAUAGUGGGCUGUGCGCUGGUCUACGCUCGUGCCGCUCGUGCCCGCGGCGCGAUGAUGGGCGCCACCCACGUUUUGUGCUUCCGUCUGACUCACACUGAACUCAAUGGAGAGUAGGGAUAGUACUGGCGUCCAUCUUCCUGCUGCUCAUUGCAUGUCAUGCACUGCCAAAGAUACAAACCCGCCGCAUCCAUGGUGUCUCUGUGCUGUCUCAAUAUGAUCUUUCCGAAACUCACAUCAACAGACGUCCUAGAUUCAGAUGCGCUAGAGCUUGUGACACUAUGGAAGUACUAGUACUGGUGGUCUGAGAGAGAACAGUAUUGAAUAGCCGAGUGGAUAACAGCCAGCCGGAGAAGUCCUGCACCUGGUCUGCACCCAGCUGCUGUGCCGCAGCUUCCGAGAGCGUCUGUCUGAAACGGUGCACACGGCAGAGCGUAUGAGUGUUCUUGAGCACGAAACUUGGAGUCGCAAGAACGAUGUGGGUCUCUGUUGUUCUGCCUUGUGUAGUACGCUCCGCUCUGCCCUUGUGGGGAUAUCGAGCACUAUUUUGCAGCAAGGACCUCGGGCACGUUGUCUGAAACGGUAUGCGAUUGCCCUCACACAGGGCUCAUGGUGCCACGGCAUGCGUAGCAUGACGCCGUGACGUUUGCUGUGCGGAUCACGGGCGGAUACCUUGCCCAGUCGGGCCCACCCCAGCACCAAGGCGUCAGUUGCUUCACAGGCACAUCACACUCUCUCCUUGUACUGCUGCACCACGGCGAUCACGGUAAUCCGCUGCGUUGUUCAACGGUGGGCUGAUUUGAUCGUGUUUAUGACCACACAAACAUUUUGUGGCCACUGUAAUCUGGACAAGAGAACAACGAUAGUUGAUUUAGUGCGGGACAGUUGCAUAGCAACUACUCCCCAUUCUGUAGGCAAGGCAUGCUUCCGGGCACAACGCAGAGCAUGUGUCUCACAAUGCAGAGAGCAUGUGUCUCUAUUGUUAUCUCGCAUCCUAUGCAAACACCAUCUGGUAUGCCAGCAUAGUCCCGUUCCAGGUGCUCUCCAAUCUCUGUCGUGAGAGUUCUGCACACUCUCGGCGGUGGAGGUGUUGAGCGGGGGAUCAGUCCGGAGUUCUCUGUGCAUUUGAUGAAUGUUAACCUAGCAGCGAUGAUGCUAUCACUGUUGCCGUUUCGUGGUGUGGGUGGUAGCCGCACGGUUGAGCUGAUGCGUGUUUAGUUUGAUGGAACUGACUCUCUGUACACUUGAUGAAUGUGGACCUAGUGCACAACCGUGUUCGUCUAUUGUUCAGAAUCGGAUUAAAGAAUGCUGAACUGUGCAAUGGGUAGUAGGGCAGUCGCCAGGAUUGUGUGUCUCCUCUCCGCAUCCAGUUAGUGUUGCUUCGCUCGUUGUUGACUACUGUUCUGCUUGAAGUGCGUGUUUUUUUCUUCUUAUGUGUAUUUUCACGAUCACCAGGAACAUUACAAUUACCAAUGGGGGAGGGGGGG